CGAAAUAUCUGCAGUCCCAUCUUUACGCCGGAAGACAAAUGACUGGGAAUCUAUGCUAUCCUCGUUGGGGAGACUAUACACACAUGGUGUUCCCAUAAAUUGGAAAAACAUUCAUAGAUACUCGGAUGCAAUUAAGAUUGAAAUUCCUGGCUACCAUUUUGAAGAUAAUAGUCACUGGCUGACAUUUAAUGAAGAUGGUUCUCUCCCAUUUCACCCAUUGCUUGGUGGAUUCGUUCCCAACGCUAGUGCUAUUACUAUUUUCAAAAACAAUAUUAAUGUCAACCGCAUUCCAUUUUUGAAGGAUCACGGAGUAGCUGAUAAAAUCCUGUUUCCAUGUGCCGGAUAUCUGGAUAUGUGUAUGACAGCUGGCCACGCAGCAGCUAAUUGUAGCGACAAUGUAUUUGUUAAACCGCUAAGCCCCUUAUGUGUCCAGAACUUUGCAAUCCACACUCCAGUUUGCUUGAGCGAGAAUAUUCCUACAGAAUUUCAGAUUACGGUUGACAGCUCUAGUGAUGGGAAAAUGUUGGUAACAAUUUUCACAAAAUUGCGACUAGAAGAUAAACAACACAAAUGGGUUCGAAAUGCUUCCGCAGACUUUAUAACCAUCUCUCCCUCCUCUCCUGACCCAGUCUUAUAUGACUUUGUAACAAUUAAAAAUCGAUGUACAAAUGCAAUGUCUUCAAAGAACAAGUACGAUUAUGAUGAACUCCUUGAGUACGGAUUUAAUUUUGGGCCUUCACUACGCGUUGUUCAGCGUGGUUGGAAAAGUGAUUCAAACGACGAGUUUAUCUUCAAAUUCAGGACAUUCGAAAAAACUGAGGAUUUGGACAGGUUCACUAUCCACCCAUGGGCCGUCGACUCCAUAUUACAAAGGCAACUUGUGGCCUUGGGUCACCUAUACCCGGAGCAUCUUAAACGGCUAGCCGUCCCUGUACAAAUUGAAAACUUUACAUGGUGGGGACCAAGAAAUGAAGGUUCAGGAUAUGCAUAUAUCAGAUAUUCUGCUAAUUCGGAACUAUUUGAAUCUCAUCUGUAUAACGAGCAUGGCGACCUUAUGGUUUCCUUGAUUGGAACAGAAUAUGUAGAAACUACGCUCCCAAAUAUUCUUGCCCUUAUUGAUUCUCAUCGUAAGCCAUACCCGAUUAUGGCUGAUCAUGGUUGGAAACAAUGGCUUGGGCCAGACGAAAGAAGAAGCAUCAGUCACGAUAUCUGCCUGAGAGAUUUUACAAACAUGUCCCAAAUAUACGACAAUUUUACGGAACCUGAAGCAAAAUUUUAUUCAGAUAUUAACAAGCUUGCUGGACUGUACAUGCUAAAGGCAAUUGUAGAAUUAAAAUUGGACAACACACUUAGGGAAUUGUCAGAAGUAUGUGCAUAUCUAAUGAUCAAUCCAUCAUUAACUAAAUUUGUUCGAUACAUUUUUACUGAACUGGAAAAGGAUGGAUGGAUGAACUCAAUUGGCAACCAAUUUCACCGACAAGAAUCUUUACCAUGUCUUGAUACAAUUUUGAAGCAAAUACAGACCCUUCGAAGCAACAUGACUAAAGAAGCGUUACCCUGGGUGGACAACGUUUGGGAAACUUUAUCACAAAUACUAACUGGGAAGCUUAAUGCCUAUGAAAUGUUAUUUCCUGAAAACGAAAAGGCUGGACCAGCCGAAUUGUUUUACAAAGAAGCUGUUAUGAUGAAAAAGAGAGCCGGGAUAAAUGAUACAGAGUGCGAAAUUCUAAGUCGAUAUGCAGAUUCUUGGAACCGAGCUGUGGUACGGGUGUUGGAAUGUGGUGCGGGGUUUGGGUUUUCUGCACAGUUAUUGAUCAACAACAUGAUCAAAAUUGGACCAUCACAUUUUGAAUAUACUUUCACGGAUAUACGCCCAGAGUUUUUAGAGAAUGGCGAAAAACUUUUUGCAGAGACUCAAAUUUCUGCAAAGUUCGGAUUAUUUAACCUGGAGGAGGAUCCACUGUCUAAUACCUGAGCAUUAUGACAUAAUCGUGGCUUCCUUCGUACUUCAUGCGACGCGAGAUAUUCAGGAAUCAUUAAUAAACAUAAGGAAAGUAUUGAGACCAGGAGGGACUCUCCUCUUAACAGAGCCAGUAACCCCAAACAGAGAGUUCAAUUUAACGUUUGGAGGACUAAAUGAAUUCUAGAGAUUUGAAGAUAUCAGCAUGCGACCUUGGAAUUGCGAACUGUCGAUCUGCAAUUGGAUGAACCUAUUAAAAAAUAUCGGUUUUGAGGAUAUUAUUUCAUUGAAAAGUUACAAUGGUGCCAACACUUCAUUAAUAGCAAAACUCAAUCAAGAUUCCAGAAUUCAGAGCGGGCCAACAGGUGGUCUCCCACGUUACUGGAUUGUGUUUUCUGACAAAUCCUCGCUCUCAAAUGGAGUGAUCGACAAACUAAUUGGAAUUAACUUUAAAACCCAAAGUAUCACGUGGGAUAAAAGAGACGAAAUUGAUAACAUAUUAGCGUCUGCAUCUACCGGAAAGGAGAAAUUUAACCUUGAAUUAGGAUCUCCCGCAACCUAUUUUUUAACCCGUCAUAUUUAACUGCAAGCCAUAAUUUUUUAUUGGGCUAGGGCUAGAUUCGCUUAUCUACGUAUCAAUGCACAAGGACUUCAGGGAGGGAGAGAGACUGCCAGAGAGAGAGGACGUCCCAUUUUCUCCUCUCUUGGAAUAUUUUUUUUUUGUGCUAAAGUUUUGAAUGUUACGGGCCACCAACACCCCCAGAAAUCAUCACUACCUCCUCAUCGGGCCUUCAGAAAGUGUGAUAGCCGAAUUUGGGACAAUUUCGUUCGCCCGGGUGACCUUAUAGACCGUUACGAAUUUCGUAGUUUCGGCCUGGACUUGUGAAGGGACU